AUGGCAACCAUCACAGACCCGCCAAGACAGAAGCCAGAUCUUCUUUUCAACCCAGAAGACAGCAAUACCUCAACCCACCUGCUCUCCAACACCCGACCACUUCCCAAGAAACUCCCCAGCGAACGAACUCUAACACCCGCAAGAACCCCGCAACUGGUCUCACUUCGACAAGCUUACAGCAGUCCCUGGGGGAUGAACAUCCCUCCGCACCGCCAAGCUGCGCUCCAAUCCGAUUCACCCUCUUCAUCGCCCCCAUCCUCCUCCUCGCCAUCUUCAUCAUUCUCGUCCGCCUUCAAGCUCAGCCACUUCAAAUCACUCUCCCGUCUGUCCAUAUUCAACCUAGCCAAUCCGCCUAAUCAAGAAGACCCAGAGGACUGCCACGGGAGAGCUGGGCCAGAGCUCAUUCAAAUUCCCAAUCGCUCUCUCCCCCCCUCUGCGAUUGGCGCCAAUCAUCAUAAAGACUCUUCCAGUCUGCGCACCAUCAAGCCCAAGACCGACAAUCUCAAGACCCUCCUCAUGGUCAAUAUCCCCCCCAAGUCGUCCCGCGAUUCCCCUGUCCCCCCGAACCAUCACCCUCUCGACCUCAACUUCAAGUACCCGACCUCUCCCAGCCCAGCCAGAUCGAUUACCACGCCCUCCAGUGCUCACAUGACCUCACUUGUCAAUCCUCCACCCUCAACCCAAUCAAUCAUACCACCAGAGCUGCUCCCCGCGCUUCACAGAGCCCACUCUUCACCCAGACCGAUCUGCUCGCCCCUCUCGUUGGCCGGCUCGCCCCAAUUCGGCUCAGAACCCUCCUCAUCGCCCCUGUCGAGCGGAAGCCAUCCUCCCCAAGCUCACGACAAGUCGCCCACCCCGCCCUCGUCCCCGCACACCCACAGCUCGUCGCCCUCGAACUGCCAGACCUGUCGCUUCCCCCUCUCCCGCGCCUCCUCGCAGUCCUCAUUUCUCCUCGGCCUCUCCUACCGCUCUCCGCUCUUCGAUGAUUUCGAUGAGGAAGGGGGAGGCGGCUUGACGCAAGAGGCCUCCCUGUUCGAUGACGAGCGGCCCCAAGUGAGCCGCCAGCCGAGCAUCUGCUCCUCCAGUCCGGACUCCUCCUCCCACCACCCGCUCAGCACCUGGUGGUCCGACCUCCCUCCCCACCGACGCGCUCACAUCAUCGAGGCCGAGUCCUGGCCCAUCUUCACCCCCAGCGCCCCCCUGCCCAUCCUCGGCAGUCCUCUCCUCAGCGGCCACUGCGCCUGCUCAUCCCUCCCCUCAUGCGAGCUUCCAUCCUCCGACGACACCGCCCGGGAGCCACCCAAAGACAGCUCGAGCACAUCCCUCGGCUCCCGUCCGUCCUUCCCGACAAACCUCAACCUCCUGAUACCUACACCGCUCGACCAGGACGAAACCGACCCCCUGCUGUCCGCCCAUCCGGCCCCCGGCCCCAUCUCCCCCACCACCACGGGCGAGCCCUCCGCUGGGAAUGACUUAGACUGUGCCGCACAGCUGCCGACGCGCAAGAAGAAGCCCGUCCCGCGCUCCUCGGAGAGUCUGUUGACGAAGUCGCUCAGGAGACUGAGCCGGAAGCUGCCCAACAUCCAGUGGGGAAACCUGAGUGUGCGCAUGCACACUUCCGGCCAGAUGGGCGGGCCCAAGCGCGCCGACGGAGAGGGGGCCGGCGAAGACGGUACGGCUGACGACGAGCAGGACAACGUGCUCCCGUCGGGCGUCGUCGAUGAGGAUCCCGCCGUCGAGCUCCUCGGCGACGACGAGAAAGCCCAGAUCUCUAGACUCGUCAAGUCCUGGACUCUCGAUAACAUCCAGCCGCAAAACUCGCUCAACGGGAGCUUUAUUGUGGACCCUGAGAUGGAAUGGUCGUCGAUGAUGGUCCAGCUAGAGACUUUCUCGCCCGACUCCAACAAGAAGCCGCACAAGUUGCGUACCCAGACGGAGCGGCAGAUCCCCCGCCGGACGCGGGCCGAGCAGCACUCACGGCGAAGCGGGAGCGGGGAGGGCGGCUCGACGGCUGCCGGCCGGGAGGGGGAUGUUGAUGAGCAGCGCAGUGGGGGAGGGCCGGCCGAGGGCAAGCCUGCGAAGCGCGCCCAGAGCCGCAAACGGCUCGCCCGCAACCAGCAGCACAAGCAGCGCGGAUCCAGCAGCGCCACUAGCGAGCGCAAGCAGGCCCUCAAGUUCGCCCGCAGAGUCGUCUCCAACCCUCUCCAUCUCCUCCAGCUCACCCUCGAGCUCGAGAUGAUGCGCAACGCUAAGAUCAAGUCGCCCCUCAAACAACGCUCCAUGAAGCUCGUCCUCACUAAGCUUAACCCCAACGCCGGCAACAACCACAACGAGUUCGAGUUCGUCGGCAGCCCGCUCCGCUUCGAGAUCUGA